AUGGCGUCCAGAGGUGACACCGCGGGCUCAACCCGUCCGCGAUCUCGUCGUUCUAUCGCCCAUGUGCCCCGAUCGAGGUUGACAUCUGGAGGGGAUAAGGAGAAUGCGACGACAGAUAUCGGCGCUGGAGGGCCACUUUUUGGUCAGCAAGUGACAGCAGGGAAGGACAAGAAGUCCCGUAGCAAAAGUUUGGGACCUGGCGGUUUGGAUGCACUUCAAGCCUCGAAUGGAAACCGACGCAAGUCUGCGGCAGUGGUACCUCUGAAGUCAAUCCUCAAGCCAACAGCCCCUGUUUCGCCAGUACGAAACAUUCCUACCUUUGAAGAAACGCGCAGAAAAACACCGUCCCGCGGAGCAAGCGAACAAGACAACACCAACAGUUCAACCCAAGAGGGACUUUUGAUCGACUUUGAUACUCCAGCCCAAAAAUCAUCUGCUAACCCUGACGAUCAAACGAACCCAUUCGACACUUUCAACGCUUCUACAAUUCGUGAUGAAAUGGCCGCUGCAAGGGAACAGGAGGAGAAGGAGAGACGCGCGCGAGAGAGAAAAGCGGCAUUGGAGCACAGGGAAGCUCGGCGGAAGUCGAUGGCCAACCGUCGUGUAUCCUUUGCACCCGAGGCGACAUUGCAUACAUGGAACGUGGUGGAAAUACCUGACGACUCGACUUCUUCAUCUACCUCAAACUCUACUAGACGCGCGUCUUCAUUAGCAAAUGCGCAGAACCAGCAGCCUGCACCUACGCCUAAACAAAGUGACCCGUCAAGCUCGCCUGAAAACGACGCAGAGUCCGACAUCGCUUUCUCGCCCGUGCAAUACCCAGACUUGGAACAGCUGAGGAAUCGACCCUUGGGUGGCGGCUAUGAUGGGAUAGGAUCCUCCCAGGAGUUUUCCAGUCCGUUCAGUGGCAGUGAGAACAGUGAAGACACGGGUCUGCAUUCCAUUGCCAGGGACGAUGACGAUGAGGACGAUGAUGAUAGUUUGGCUGGUUCCGGCUUUGAUGGAGAAAGCACUGCGAUGAGCAUGGACGAUAUGUCUGUGCACUCUGGGGUGACCACCCAAACAGAUGGGUCCGAAUCAGCUACCGGAACUGAUCGCCUGAACGAUGCCUUGCGACAAGCUGCCCGAGAGGCAGGAACUAGGAGUAUCGACAACGAGAACGACGAGGAAGUCUCUAUGGAGAUUGCUGAUCAGGAAAUCACUGGCGCGUUCCAGCCUUGGAUUAAGAAGGGACAGAGGCAAAGCUUCGAUUGGGAUGACCUCAGCGCCCGGCACGACCAGGAGAACGUCGACCCUUCAAAGCCUUUAGACGGUGGCUUCUCGGAAACAGCAAGUGAUGAUGGCGAUGAGGACAUGAGCAUGGACGUAACGAAUGCCAUUGGCCGCAUCGUUCCCAACAGCCGUCGCUCCAUAGGCCAGCGUCAGUCAAUUGGCGGGCAGACGAACUACGAGGAACAAACUAUGGAGCUCACUAACGUUGUGGGAGGUAUCGCUCAGCCUGUUUCUCCGGCGAAGUCUAUAGGUGCUGAUAGCGUGGCCGAAAAUGACGAGGAGAUGACAAUGGAAUUUACCUCUGUUGUCGGAGGGGUUUUAAAUAAAGGAACUGACGCUCAAAAUGUUGAUGAGAACGAUGCCACUCCGAACCAGAGCCGACAAGACUCUGAAUGGGAUGCCGCGGAAGACGAAAUGGAAGAUGACGAUAUGGAAAUGACGGGGGCGGUUGGGGGUAUACUUCCGCCUAUCCAGGAGCAAACUGAAUCUGUUGAUGGAGACCAGACGGCAGGCAUGGAUUUCACUGCGGCAAUGGGGAAAAUAUUGAUACCGGAUGCCGCGAGCCCAGACAAGGUAGACUCGCAACAAGGAAGUUCUCCUUUUCAGGAAACGGUUCGAGCAUCCCCGAAUAAAUCGCCGUCCAAGUCACCGUCUAAAUCGCCAUCAAAAUCACCAUCUAAGUCUCCAGCAAAGGCGUCAUCUAAGUCUCCAGCAAAGUCGCGUGCAGCUUUCCACGUUGCUGCUGUCGCCUCAGAAAGUGGCAGCCCUAGUCUGGCUAGCGUGAGGUCAAGACGUACAAGGCAAAGCACAGGCCGUACGACACCAACGACACCAACAUCAAUGACACCUCAAGAGUCACCCAGCAAGAAUGCUUCAGGCCCCGCAGCGCAGUUGACAGUGGAAGGCCAGCCCUCCACUCCCGGAGAGGCACCGCAAACGCGGAGUGCGGGUCGUCGCAGCGCAUCGUCCAAGAAGCUUUUCCAGCCUGAACUCCAGGUUUCCGACAGCCAAAGGAAAUCUCCUGGCCGUAGAAGUCUUUUUGGUAAUAGUGCGUCGGGUGAAUCUGCUCCUUUAUUUGUCCUUCGACCCCCAGGUUCGAGGCGUUCAUCUGGCCUUGGGAUUGACAAAGAAGGGCUCGGGUCUCCAAAAGUCGCAGCCAUGCUUGACAAACGACGAUCGAUCGGUGAAGAGGCCGGGGAUUUUGUUCCGCAGGACAAAGUACCUCAGGGGGUGCGCUUUGAAGAUCCCAUCAAACUUCAAGAGGAGGUUGACCGAGAACGGGAGGAAGAAGAGAUCCGAGAAGACGGUCAUAUUCAACCUCCCAGUAACCAGGAUCCCACCGCAAGCUUAAGAGAUAUGAUUUCAAGCCUGACGCCGAAGAAGAAUAAGGUCCGUGGCCGCAAGAGUCUUCAUGUUGGAGCUGCACGAGGACUUCUCGGCAAGCGCCCGGCAGAAUUGGACUUGGAAGAUGAAGACGAGGUCCAGAACACCCCGAAGCGAUUGAGACGUCGCGAGGAUAUGAGCCCUGUUAAAAGUGUGAAGCUCCCGCCUCCUCCAACUAAAGAAGAGACAGUCGGCCGCGCAGCUCGUUCACCGGCUCGUAAGACGUUGGAAGUAUCACCCACCAAGGCCAGCACGACACCCAUUCAUGAGCCAAGGGGUGUGUCUAUUCUGGAUCCUGACCAGCCGGCUCCCUCGCCUUCAGCUGAUAAGGUUGGGGCUGAAGAAGGUGAAGCUGAGAGUAUGGAACCAGAGUUCGAACCAAUCCAGCUGCAGGACUUCUUGAAUAUGACAAACAUCCAUUUCAUGGAGCUUACGACCACUAAGAGACGACACACCACCGCACCGGAUAGCAUCAGCAAAAGGACGGCUAGAUUGUCUCUUGAGGGCAAUGGGAAGUCUAGUGCUUCUAACUUCGACGAAUGCGUGGCAGCUGGGUUUUGUACCGUGCCAAUGUUGGAGUUGUAUCAGCAUUCAUGCCGCGAGUUGAAAUCUUAUAUUUCCGAAGGCAGACAGAUAAUUCGAUCUAUCGAGAGCGAAACAUAUGCCGACAACCCGCCUCUAUUCCGAGAAUAUAUGACCGCAGCGCCUGAUAUCAGGUCGUUGAUGGAUAACCAAUUCCGAAACGUGAAAACUCAUACCAGGCUGUUGAGCAAAGCUACUUGGUACGAGUGGCGCAUGAAGCUUCUUGAAGGUCUCAAGGAAGGCCUGGACCGGCACUUGGAGGAAAUGAAAGGGGACGACGAGCUCCUAUCCAAACAUGAAGCGCUUUUCAGUGACUCAGUUCCUGCGCUGUCCACCAAACAUUCAUCGCUCGAGCAAGAAGCUACGCACCUUCAGCAGUUGGCGGAUGAACUAGAGAAUUGCGACCAAGAUGAACUCUGGGCUGCAAGGGGCAAGCUCACAGACAUAGAGGAAGAGAUUGAGUCCAAGAAGAAGCUGCUUCAAGAACUGCAAACCGAAGUCCAAGACAAGACAGGUACCAUUGAAACAGGAGCAGAGCUGAAGACGGAGUUUACUGCCCAAAUUCAAGAAGCGGAGAGGGUAAAGGAAGAAUGCCGUGGAUGGAGCGCCAAGGAGAUCCGUGAACUGAAGGACUCCGUUCACCGCAUUGAGCAACAGACCGGAUGGUCUAUCAGUUCCGCAUCUUCUACGGAGUCGGAGGCAGGUCCGGUGGUGACCAUGUCUUACCAACAUCAGCUCCAAUUGAAGUUUUACCCAGGGUCGUUACAUAUUGACAGCAACAAGGUUUCUUUGCCCAACUCGAAAUCUGAUACACUGAUUGAACUGAGUUACUGCCCCGGUAACGAGAUGAAGUCGAACGCACGGGCACAUCGGCUCUCACCCGUCUCAUUACUCAUCCUCAAAUCCCUCCAGGCUCACGUCGCCCGGAUCAAUCAGUCAAAAAUCACAUCAAAGCAACUUUUACGCUUCAUAUCAGAGGCCUGGGAUCUGGCAUCAAACGUGGAGGAGGAAGCCCGUAUGCUCGGGUUCCACGGCGUGACUAACCUUCAACUCGCAGACAAGAAGGAAAACCCCUCCCUCAGGGCAAGAUGUACUCUGCUUGGAACCGGUCUUUCCUCUGACUCUGCCACCGCGAAGUCGCACCAGAGCAUAAACAAGAGCAGAAUCGAUGUCGACUUUGCUGUGACGACGCGUAUCUCGGAGAGCAAAGACGAGAACGAAAUUGGCGCCCUGGACAUCCAGACCGAAGUGCUCGCCAGCAAAAUCUACGGCUUCGGAACAGACAACAGCACUGGCUUGUCUGAAAAGGAGAUGCGAAGUGUCCUUAGCAAGGAGCUGAGAGGACAUAACAAAUCUGGCGCUAAACUCGGCGACGGCGUCUGGAGCAAGGCGGUUCAAAUGCUUUCCGGCAAGGUGUUUUAA